UCCCGCCGCCUCGGGAGCCGGGCCGCACUCGGGCCGCGCGCUCGCCUCCCCGCGCGAGCUCCCCAGGGUCGCCCCGCCAGCGCCGGGCGCGGGUGCAGACGGCGCCUUUUGUGCCCGGGGGCUCCUGGAAGUUUGCGGCGGGACGCGCGCGGGGAGGCGGCCGAGGACGCCCCGCGUCGCAGGGGCCGGGGCGCCGAGCAUGGGCGGCGGGCGCUGGGCCGCGGCGGGCGCGCUGCUGGCGCUGGCCGCCGGGCUCCUGGCCGCGGGCUCGGCCAGCGAGUACGACUACGUGAGCUUCCAGUCGGACGUCGGCGCGUACCAGAGCGGGCGCUUCUACACCAAGCCGCCGCAGUGCGUGGACAUCCCGGUGGACCUGCGGCUGUGCCACACCGUGGGCUACAAGAGGAUGGUGCUGCCCAACCUGCUGGAGCACGAGACCAUGGCCGAGGUGAAGCAGCAGGCCAGCAGCUGGGUGCCCCUGCUCAACAAGAACUGCCACAUCGGCACCCAGGUCUUCCUCUGCUCGCUCUUCGCGCCCGUCUGCCUGGACCGGCCCAUCUACCCGUGCCGCUGGCUCUGCGAGGCCGUGCGAGACUCGUGCGAGCCCGUCAUGCAGUUCUUCGGCUUCUACUGGCCCGAGAUGCUCAAGUGCGACAAGUUCCCCGAGGGCGACGUCUGCAUCGCCAUGACCCCGCCCAACGCCACCGAGGCCUCCAAGCCCCAAGGCACGACGGUGUGUCCUCCCUGUGACAACGAGCUGAAAUCUGAAGCCAUAAUCGAGCAUCUCUGUGCCAGCGAGUUUGCGCUGAGGAUGAAAAUCAAAGAAGUGAAAAAGGAAAAUGGCGACAAGAAGAUUGUUCCCAAGAAGAAGAAGCCCCUGAAGCUGGGGCCCAUCAAGAAGAAGGAGCUGAAGAAGCUGGUCCUGUACCUGAAGAAUGGGGCCGACUGCCCCUGUCACCAGCUGGACAACCUCAGCCAUCACUUCCUCAUCAUGGGCCGCAAGGUCAAGAGCCAGUACCUGCUGACGGCCAUCCAUAAGUGGGACAAGAAAAACAAAGAAUUCAAAAACUUCAUGAAGAAGAUGAAGAAUCACGAAUGUCCCACUUUCCAGUCGGUCUUUAAGUGAUUCUCGUGGGGUGGGUUAGGGGGGAGCGGACACCCCUGGACCCUCGGCGGUUCACACCCCCUGCUCCUUCGAGGUGGAGGGCAUCGUAAUCCAGCUACUUUGCCCUUGCAGCAUUUCCCACCCCUCCCUCCAUCCCCAUGCGCCAGACCCCAGUAUAGCCGAUAUUUAAAGCUGCAUGCCCAGAUGAGGAAACCCAUUUAGAUCAGGAAGCUUCUGAAGACCUACAGUGUGGAGAAGCACAACCCCGGGGAAGGGAGGUGCAGCACCACCCCAACCAGAGACACAGUCGCUACAAAAGAAAACGCUGCCGGUAAAGAAAGGGGGUUGGCAGCAAGGGAGAGGCAACAGCAAACGUUAGGUUCUGCCACUCUCUUUGUGUCGUUACAAAUUGCUUACGAUCUAUCAGCUAAUCUACGCCUUUGGAACUAGAAAAUUCUAACUGUUGGUAAGAUGCACGGCUUUCAGUUCCAGAGGAGUUUCUCUUUCUGUCCCUCGUGGACAGAAACAGACACACACCACACUCAGAGAGUGACAGUGCACAGGAGAAAUAGUGAGAACAAAGGGAGGGGCCUGCAUUGCUUGGCACUGUGGCCAUGUGUCAUCUCUGAUAUGAACCAGCCAGUCUCAGAUGCCCUGGAGGUGGUCACCGUCAGCCUCAGGUUUGAUCUCACCUCCUGACACGUGGAGGGCGGCACGGGCCUGCCUUGGUGUGACAGAGGUGAUGAUUCGUAGGCUGAGAAGGCAGCGGUGGUUUUCAAAAAACAGUUAAAGGAGAAAAACAAAAAAUUGAGAACAGUCAGCAAAUUGCUAGUCUAGGGUGAAUUGUCAUUGGGAAAGAGCUUAGUAUUCUAAUUCCCUUGUUGGUUCAUUUCACAUUGUUUUAAAGCGACCAACAGACCCACUUACUUUUCAAGGUUUUAAAAAAAAUCUCCACUGAGCAUUUGAAAGGUGUGGUAAGACUGGGGUCUCUUGGUGCCUUUGCGGCAACUUUCUAGCUGAGUGGCCGUCUCUCUGAGCAUUUCCAGUGGGAGGUGAAUUCUCCUGGUAGUGUAGCUGUGGGUCCUCCUUCCUGAGAGGUUCUGGGUCGCCUUGGCCCAAACACAAUGCUAAUCAAAACUCACAAUACAUCCCAUUCCUGUCUUUCAUGUGAAGAAAUGGAUUCCUUUGAACUUGAUUGCCUAGAGAUCAGAGAAAUUCAGAAUAGCCUGCCUGCCUGUCCUCUGCACUUAAAAAAAUGUUUGUUUGGUUUUUUUUUUUCAUUUCUGCAGAGGGAAAGUUAAGCUACAAGGGUUCCCAUCCAAGGAGGGAGUUUAAAAGGCAAUGCAGCUCUGGUUUUCCCCCAAGGGCCCUAAGAUAAUUCUCAAAGACAUUGUGUUUAAUAAGUGAUGUACAUAAACCCAUUCACGGAAGCAACUUGACUCCUCUUGUUCAAUGUAUAGGAAGUAAUUCCUCCCAAAUUAAUUUCUCCUUCAAGCCUGAUUCUUCAUUCUCUGUAACACCUCGAGGAUUUAACGAUUGUCCCUCUGGGCAAAUGUUUAUACCCAAUCCAGUGCUUCAGUGGGGCUGGAAGGCGUCACCCGCAUGGCCCCUGCCUGACACAGAAACAGUGGAAGAUUCUGUUAACUUCCCAAAACUCCAGUCUGAAAACCAGCCUGCCAACUUCAUUACGUUCCUGAGGGUUAUCCUGAUCUAAUGAACCCCUGACAAUUAGUGACCCAUCAUUUAAUACAUUUUUUUUUUUUGGUUCUCUCUGACCUUUAAUCAUAAAGUGUUGGGGAUCUUAAGUGAUUUGCCUGUAAUUUUGGAUGAUUUUUUUUAAAAUGUGUAUAUAUAUUAGUUAAUUAGAGAUAUUCUACUUUCCUAUUGUCAACUGAAAUUCAGAGCAAUUUCAUGAGUGUAUGGAUCUGGGUCUUAGUCUUGAUUGAUUAACUCAAGAGUUCUGUGCUCAUAUGUGUCUGCUUGUUUGGACAGAGUGGGUCAGGCAACAAGGCCUCUGUCCAGGGUGGAGGCCUUGGGAAAGGCUUUGUGUGGGCCAUAGCAGUUACCCCAGGAAGGUUAUAAAUAACAGCUGGAGUCUCUAAAUGGGAAUUCUCAGGUAGGAAGCAGUAAGAGAGUUCAAAAUAAAUUGGAAAUGUGAAUUGCAGUUGUAGAGUCCAACCACAGAGUCCCGGGACUGAGUUUCCCUGUGGACUUGGAACAGCCUUGACUAUUACACAUCAGCCAUUGCAGGGCAAAGGGAGGCUCUGGGCCCAAAGCUGCACUUGGUCACAAACCUUUGUUUUUCUCAGCAAAGGAGGUAACAAAAACGAUGUGCAGACUCACAGGCUUUCUCAUUGGUUUCCAAAAGAGGUCUGUGUGUGAUUUGGUAAUUAUUGCUAGUGCAAAGGUCGUAUUCGUGAAGGUUUAAAUUCAUCAUUCUGGGUGGAAUCCAGUGAGGUCAUGGGCAGAACUCAGCUAAAUCUUUGAAGAAUAUUAGUACUUAUCUUAGAAGAUAGAAAAUGAGGUGAGAAUUCCAAGAACACUUUAUUUUUAGAGCAUCCUGUGUCACACUUGGCUUUGGGUGUCGGUGAAUUAGCACUGAGGGCUCCCUAAGGCAUCUGGGUCUGUAAAUUACAGAAACCCCAUUGCCCAAACCAAGAGUCUGUCUUUCUCAUCAGACUCCAAGUAACUAGUUGCUCUGCUGUAACCCCGUGGAUGUGUUGGGCUCAGGCGUUCUGUUUUAGGAGAGACUCUCGUGGCAUAAUGUGCUGGCCCUCCUGACCUUUCACCAGCAGAUACACAGGACACAGACGAGGUUCCUGUUUCCUCUAGUUCCUCCACGUAGCACUCCUCUUAUAGAGUCUAAAUCUCUUACAAAAGCUUUGAAUACUGUGAAAAUGUUUUACAUUCCAUUUCAUUUGUGUGUUGUUUUUUUAACUGCAUUUUACCAGAUGUUUUGAUGUUAUCACUUAUGUUAAUAGUAAUUCCCAUAUGUGUUCAUUUUAUUUUCAUGCCUUCCUGCCAUGUAUCAAUAUUCACUCAACUAAAAUCACUCAAUU